AUGGAUGGUAAAAAAGUUGACCCAUUUUAUGAAGCAAAACAUGAAGUUGACAUGUCAAUAAAUAAGCUGCAAAAUUUAUAUAAUAAGUGGAAUAAUUUACCUGAUAAAAAUUCUUCUUUAGCAAAAGAGAAAUAUACUUUGAUAAAAGAAGAAAUAAAAUAUUUAAAUGAAGAUAUAAAUGAUUUGAACAAUUCAAUAGAUAUUGUUAAAAAAAAUUUAUAUAAAUUUAAUAUUAGUAGUGAAGAAAUUGAAAACAGAACUAAAUCUUUAAAAAUUAUUCGAAAUAUUCUAAACGAUAUAACAAAUAACAUAAGCUAUAAUACUCCGAAAUAUAAUGAUAAUAUGAAGAUCGAUUAUGAUAACGUUAUUUUAAAAAGACAAGAUAACGAUUUGGAAGAAUUAGCAGAAUCCGCAGAAAGGUUGCAUCAUGCUGCUGUAACUAUUAACACAGAAUUAAAAGAUCAACAAAAGUUACUUGAUGAAUUAGAAAAUGAAAUGGACAAUUCAAAUGAAAAAAUGAAUUUUGUAACAAAAAAGAUUUCAGAUUAUCUAAAAACUAAUAAUCCGAAGGCUUUAUCUUUAAUACUUUAUUUGUCAAUGAUAGCUUUUAUUUUAUUGCUUGUUCUUAUAGUUACAUAA